CGCGCGGAGGGAAGGGCGCUGGAGGCGGUCCGGCGUACGGUCCUUCGGGCUGCAGGGGGCGCUGUGCGAGCCCCGGGGCGCAGCCGCCCACGGCAGCUCUUUUUAAAGGGCCAACGGGGCACGUGGCUGGGACUCCGCUCGCGGCCGCUCCUGCGCUGCUCCGAGGCUGGGCCGCUCCGGCUCCGCCCGCAGCCCGGCCGCCCGCUCCAGGCCCGACCUGUCGGCGCAGGAACCGCGGCGCUGAGAGACGCCGCAGCUAUGGCCGAAGCAGCGGCCCCCCGGAUUUCUGAGAGGGACCAGCAGAUGAGUGAGGAGAAGCUUCCCACCCCUUCCUCACCCCAGCCAGAUGCAGAGAAGAAUUCGUACCUUUACUCCACAGAGAUUACACUGUGGACUGUGGUGGCUGCCAUUCAGGCCUUGGAGAAGAAAGUAGAGUCUUGCCUGGCCCGAUUGCUGACUCUAGAGGGACGAUCAGGCACAGCUGAGAAGAAGCUGGCUGACUUUGAGAAGACAGCUGUGGAGUUCAGGAGCCAGCUGGAGGGCAAGUGGGCCAUGCUGGGGACCCUACCACAGGAGUAUGGGCUGCUACAGCGGCGUGUGGAGAAUGUGGAGAACCUGCUACGCAACAGGAACUUCUGGAUCCUGCGGUUGCCCCCUGGCAGCAAGGGCGAGGUCCCAAAGGUGCCCAUGACCUUUGAUGAUGUGGCUGUGUAUUUCUCUGAGUCGGAGUGGGGCAAGCUGGAAGAUUGGCAGAAGGAUCUCUACAAGCACGUGAUGCAGGGCAACUAUGAGAUGCUGGUCUCCCUGGAUUAUGCCAUCUCCAAACCAGACAUCCUCACCCGGAUAGAGAGAGGAGUGGAGCCUUGUCCUGAAGGCUUCUGGUGCCAGGAGUGGGGGAAUGAGGAGAAGGCAGCAUGCCCACAGAAACCAGGCACUGGCAUCCCUCCAUGUCCAGAGUGGGCCCCAAACCCAGCCAGCCCUGCCCAGGAGGAGCCGAAAGAAAGGCUGGUCCCCGAGCAGCCGCAAGAUGAAGAGUCAAAGGUGAUUGCACAUGGGUCAGGCACUGGACCUCCAGCAAGCACCAGCACUUUAUCAAUUAAACAGGAGGGAGAAUCUCCAGAGGGUGAGUUGUUGGCCUCCCCUCCCAUGGAUAGCCCAUCUUCCAUGGGGCCAGGUGGUGGUGGUGUGACCAUCAAGACAGAAGCUCAGUCUGAGGACGAGAUGGUACCUGAGCAACUCCUCCUAGAGUCCCCAAGCCAGCCCAAGUGUAGACUCCCCAAAGGGCCCAGGAACAGGACUAGAGGCCCCAAGCGGCAUCAUGCCCAGGGAGUGCCCAGGGUGCGGAUGGGGGAAUCCCAGGUAUCAGAGGCUAUGGGAGAGUCACCCCGUGUCCUUCCUCGCCCACGGGAGCGGGUAUUUCCAUGCCCUGACUGUGGGCAGAGCUUCCGCUUGAAGAUUAAUCUGACAAUCCAUCAGCGGACCCAUGUAGAGGAGGAACACAGGGAGGCUUGGAGUGGCUCGCCUCUUGGGUCGGGGGAAGACCACUCCACACUGGAACCGGGGGAGGUGGUGGUGCCUGGCCCUGUCAUCCGCUGGCUACCUGAGGAACCCACAGGCCACCGCUCCCUGACAAGCCAUGCCUUCAUGGGGCGGAGGCCAGCAACCACCAAGGUUUACCACUGCAGUGAAUGUCUGCGCUUCUUCCAGCAGAGGAAAAGCCUGCUGCUUCACCAGCGCCUGCACACAGGCAACAGCCAGGGCUGGCCUGCCUGCCCCUACUGUGGCAAGGCCUUCCGUCGGCCCUCAGAUCUCUUCCGUCACCAGCGCAUUCACACUGGCGAACGACCCUACCAGUGCCCCCAGUGUGGCCGGACCUUCAACCGGAACCACCACCUGGCUGUCCACAUGCAAACCCACUCCCGAGGCCAGGCAGUCCUGCACUUCCUUAUGCCCUCCAACCGCCAGGGGAACUCAUCCCUGCAGGGUUCUAGCCCUGCAGAAGAGGGCUGACCAGCAGGAACCUUCCAGGGCACCCUCUGGCUCUCCUGGGUACCCUGGCAGGACCUGCACUCUUUCCUUGGGGGGGUGUUUUCCUUGUGCCUGACCUGCCACCGGUCCCUCAUUCUGAGAUGGCUUUGGAGAGUCUUUUUGUUUUUUUUGUUUUCCAUUCAAAUGGGAAAAAGCAA